AGUCAAAGCCCUAUAAUGUUGAACCGAGCAGCGUGCUUUUGGUUGCUGACGCGAAAUGCGUUGUUGGACGGCAGAUUUGGUGGGAAAAUGUGGAACCGCAAAUCGGCGCUGAUCGGACUGAUCAGUUGCUUUUACUUUCACUCCGUAUUUCUGACUAGUUUCGUCGCCGCUUCUUCUCCGGACCCGCUGCUCGGAUCUGCCCGCGUCGUUUUUCAGACCAACUAUGGCGACAUCGAAUUCGGGUUCUACCCGACCGUCGCGCCGAAGACGGUGGAGCACAUUUUCAAGCUGGUCCGUCUCGGCGGCUACAACACCAACCACAUCUUUAGGGUUGAGAAAGGGUUCGUCGCCCAGGUGGCCGAUGUGGCCAGCGGAAGAUCGGCUCCGAUGAACAAGGAGCAGCGGAGAGAGGCGGAGAAGACGGUGGUCGGAGAGUUCAGUGACGUUAAGCAUGUCAGGGGCAUUCUUUCCAUGGGAAGAUAUGAAGAUCCGAACAGCGCCGGAUCCUCCUUCUCAAUGCUGCUUGGAGAUUCCCCUCAUCUUGAUGGGAAGUAUGCAAUAUUUGGGAAAGUUACUAAAGGUGAUGAGACCUUGAGAGCGCUUGAGGAACUCCCUACACAUCAGGAAGGGAUUUUCGUAAUGCCCACCGAGCGCAUUACAAUUCUGUCAACAUACUACUAUGACACCGAGAUGGAGCAUUGUGAACAUGAGAGGUCUGUUAUGAAGCAGAGGCUUGCUGCAUCUGCUGUUGAAAUCGAGAGACAGAGAAUGAAAUGUUUCCCAUGACAUAGCUAGCAAAUAUCGGAAGAAGAGAUGCUGUGGUUGCUAUCAAUCAUCGAGAUAUCCGCUGUAUGUUGUCAAAGAGCAGUGUACAAGGGGGUGAGGAAAGUUCAAAGAUCCAUUCGAGCAGAUGGGAGACAAUAUUUGUGGUGUCAAUCGAGUAUCUGCCACUGAAUACCUGACACUAAAGCUGUCUCUGUAAGUGAACGUCGAAACCUGAUGUUGUACUGGAUGUUGAUAAUGGCUGACAUGUUCGUUGAGACCACACACUUGAUUCGUAAUGUUAGCUGUGGAAGCAAAUAAUGGAUUUAUAGUGUCUUAGUGUCGAUAGUAUUAGUCUUCACUGUUGUUUGUAUGGAAAGUACUUCCGUGUAACGAGAAUGUAACUAUGACGGUAUCCCAAGUCCAAGUUAAUCUUGAUCUUGAGAUACCGCCUAUAAUGACAUAUGUUGCUAAGUAUCA